AUGAGCCGUGUUCCCGACACGGAGUUUGUCUGUGACCUGAUACUUCAGCGCUGGGGCCCAGAAGCCGCAGGCCUGACGGACAUCCCACACCUGUCAGCACUCCAGAGCUCCUCCGACCGGGCGUCCAUCCUGAGCAUCCUCCAGGUCCUGGGGGACCUGCUCUCCGUAGGCACGGACAGGCGGAUCCGCUACAUGAUCAGCAAGGGGGGCAGCGAAGCCCUCCUGCAGACCCUGGUGGACACGGCAAGGACCGCGUCUCCGGACUACGGCAUCCUCCUGCCCCUCCUCCGACUGCUGGCCAAGGUCGGCCUGCGAGAUAAGAAGUUUGGACAGAAGGCCCUGGAACUGGAAGCACUCGACGUCACGUUGAUUCUCGCGAGGAAGAACCUGUCCCACAGCCUGAACCUCCUCCACUGUCUCUGGGCCCUGCGCGUGUUCGCCUCGAGCGUCACCACGGGAGCCAUGCUGGGAGUCAAUGGAGCCAUGGAACUGCUCUUCGAGGUCAUCCCCUCGUACACCAGGAAGCGUACCCAGAUCAUCAGGGCAGCCGCGGAGGUUCUGGCGGCCUUGCUGAAAUCCAAGUCUAACAGCCGCAGGGCGGUGAACAGGGGCUACGUCGCCAGCUUGCUCCGGCUGCAUCAGGACUGGCACAACCACGACACGGCCAACAGCUACCUGCCGAUCCGCCGGGCACUUCUGCUCUGCCUCAAGCACAUUGCCACCCUCCAGUCUGGCAGGGAGGCCUUCCUGGCAGCGCAGGGCAUGGAGAUCCUCUUCAGUAGCACACAGAGCUCCCUGGAGGACAGGAGCCUGGAACCCAUCACGUCCGUUGCGCUUCAGGUCCUGAGGCAGUGCUACCCCAAGAGCCCCCUUCCCUUGGUCACGGCCAGCAGUGCCUACGCCUUCCCCGCCCCCGGCCACCUCCCGUCGGAACCCCCACGCGUUCUCGCUGAAGAGGACUUUGAAGAUGAUGGUGACGAAGAAGAGGACAGAGACUCCGAUUCUGAAGAUGCGAAAGAGGAAGACGAUGACUUGGAAACAGACGUCAACAAGCUGAGCUCCAAACCUGGACUUGACCGGCCCGAAGAGGAGCUGAGCCAGUACGAGGCCAUGUGCCUUGAGCUCUCCUGCAGCUUUGAGGACCUGGAGCCCACACCCGGAGAUGACGCCCACCCUGACGCCAACCACCUCCACAUUCCAACCGCCGCCUCCGUGAAGCAGCGUCGCCUGGAUGAGGACCAGAGCUCCCGGGGACGGGAGAGGGAAGCUGCCCCCGAGACGUCCCUCCUGAGCAAGGGAACCGGGACCCUUCAGCCUGACCUGGAGCCCACACCCGGAGAUGACGCCCACCCUGACGCCAACCACCUCCACAUUCCAACCGCCGCCUCCGUGAAGCAGCGUCGCCUGGAUGAGGACCAGAGCUCCCGGGGACGGGAGAGGGAAGCUGCCCCCGAGACGUCCCUCCUGAGCAAGGCCAAGAUGGGGAGGUCCCCCGUGCACCCCGUUUCCAAAAACGGACCUGGAACGAACCCGCACCCACACGCCCAGCCCAACGGGCUUGGGGUGGAUCCUUCCGGAAAGGAAGUCCUUGACCUUGAGACUCUCCUCCAAGAGGAUGCUUGGGACAUGGACAUGACCUCCUGCGCAAGGACAGGCGCCUCCCUUCCCAGCUCCACUCCCCCUGGGCGCACUGCGGACAGGAUCCAUGAGCUUCUGCAAACACACCCCCAGCAUGUCCCCUUCCACGACCCCUUUGUCUAUCUGGCCAAAGCCAGAGGCUCCAAGUCCGUGGCUGACUUCAAGACGCCGGCGUUCCCUGACCUUUGGGGCCACUGCCCAUCGCACUCCCCGGAGCCCCUGCUGGAACGCAAGCGUGGGAUCCAAAGGGUCAAGAUAUUCGAGGAUAUCCGGAGGCUCCUUCAGCCCAGCGACAUGAUAGACAAAGUCGUCUUCAGUUUAGACGAGCCUUGGCAAGGCACGGCUCCCAACUGCCUGUGGUUCUCCUCCAAGUUCGAGUCCGGAAACCUGCGCAAAGCCAUCCAAGUGCGUGAGUUUGAGUACGACUUGCUGAUCAACACUGAUAUCAACUGCACCCAGUACCAGCAGUGGUUCAACUUCAGGGUGCGCGGCAUGAGGGCCGCCACCCCGUACCGCUUCAACAUCAUCAACUACGAGAAGCCCAACAGCCAGUUUAACUACGGGAUGCAGCCCACCAUGUAUUCUGUGAAGGAGGCCCUUCUCGGGAGACCCACCUGGAAGCGGACGGGCUAUGAAAUCUGCUAUUACAAAAAUCACUAUCGCGAGAGCAUGGCUGUCACCGGGGGCACGUCCAGGAAGUGCUAUUACACCCUCACCUUCUCCGUCACCUUCCCGCACCAUGGCGACGUCUGCUACCUGGCCUACCACUAUCCCUACACCUACACGGCCCUCAUGACUCACCUGGACCUCCUGGAAAAAAGUGUCGACCCCAAGACGGUGUACUUCCGGCAGGAGGCUCUCUGCCGGACGCUGGGAGGCAACGCCUGCCCGCUGGUGACCGUCACGGCCAUGCCCGCGUCGGCCAGCCCGGCCCACCUGGAGCAGUUCCGGCAGCGUCCGUACCAGGUGAUCACAGCCCGCGUCCACCCAGGAGAAAGCAACGCCAGUUGGGUGAUGAAGGGGGCCUUGGAGUUCCUGGUCAGCAGUGACCCCGGGGCCAGGCUCCUGAGGGAAAACUUCAUCUUCAAGAUCAUCCCCAUGCUCAACCCCGAUGGGGUCGUCAAUGGCAAGUGUGCGGGCCACGGCUACCAGCCCCCGGCACAGGUCCCCGCGGUGGGUUCCAGGAGGCGGAAGGACGCUCUGAGACGAGAGGGCCAGAUGUUGAGUCUUUGA